GUGUCAGGCGCCACGGCGCAUGCUCCGGAAUCUCAUCCUCCGGCCCCGGAGCUGCUGCUGUUGCUGCUGCUGCUGCUGCUUUUGCUUUUGGGGCUGAGUUUGCUCAGCGAGCGAGCGGUCGCGGGAGGCAGAGAAUGUCCGCCAUCCGCCCUCCGCGGCCGGGCGCGCUCUCAUGCAUAGCAGCCUCUUCAUGAAUUACAGCUGAGGGGGCGGGGAGGGGGGUACGCGCAGCACCCCGGCAAACCUCCGGGCCCCCAGGCAUGGCUAGCUCGUGUGCCGUGCAGGUGAAGCUGGAGCUGGGGCACCGCGCCCAGGUGAGGAAAAAACCCACCGUGGAGGGCUUCACCCACGACUGGAUGGUCUUCGUGCGCGGCCCAGAGCACAGUAACAUACAGCACUUUGUGGAGAAAGUCGUCUUCCACUUGCACGAAAGCUUUCCUAGGCCAAAAAGAGUGUGCAAAGAUCCACCUUACAAAGUAGAAGAAUCUGGGUAUGCUGGUUUCAUUUUGCCAAUUGAGGUUUAUUUUAAAAACAAGGAAGAACCUAAGAAAGUCCGCUUUGAUUAUGACUUAUUCCUGCAUCUUGAAGGCCAUCCACCAGUGAAUCACCUCCGUUGUGAAAAGUUAACUUUCAACAACCCCACAGAGGAGUUUAGAAAAAAGUUGCUGAAGGCAGGAGGGGACCCUAACAGGAGCACGCACACCAGCAGCAGCAGCAGCAGCAGCAGCUGCAGUAGCAGCAGCAGCAGCAGCAGCAGCAGCAGCUGUAGCAGCAGCAGCAGUAGCAGCAGCAGCAGCAGCAGCAGCAGUUUUUCAAAGCCUCACAAAGUCAUGAAGGAGCACAAGGAAAAGCCUUCCAAGGACUCCAGAGAACAUAAAAGUGCCUUCAAAGAACCUUCCAGGGACCACAACAAAUCUUCCAAAGAAUCCUCUAAGAAACCCAAAGAAAACAAACCGCUGAAAGAGGAAAAACUAGUUCCUAAGAUGGCCUUCAAGGAGCCGAAGCCCAUGUCGAAGGAGCCCAGAGCCGAGGGAGGCGCGCCGGCUGGCAGCGCGGCAGAAAAGAAGGCGCCCGGCAAGCGGCCAUCCGGCCCCGACCCUGAGGAGCCGGCAGCCAAGCGGCGGCGAAAGGGCGGCCCCGACGCCCUGUUCAAGAGCUUCUCAGGCGCGCCGCCGCUCGUCCUCACGUGCUCCACUGACAGGAAGCAGCUGCGAGACAAGCCUCACGUCAAGGUCGGGAAGGUCAAAGUGGAAGGCGAGGCGUCAGAGAGGAAGAAACCGGCCCUGCCGCCGUUUGACGAUAUCGUGGAUCCCAACGAUUCCGACGUGGAGGAGAACAUGUCCUCCAAGUCCGACUCUGAACAACCCAGUCCUGCCAGUUCCAGCUCCAGCUCCAGCUCCAGCUUCACACCGUCCCAGACCAGGCAACAAGGUCCUUUAAGGUCUAUAAUGAAAGAUCUGCAUUCUGAUGACAACGAGGAGGAAUCAGACGAGGCAGAGGACAAUGACAAUGACUCUGAAAUGGAGAGACCUGUAAAUAGAGGCGGCAGCCGAAGUCGCAGAGUUAGCUUAAGUGAUGGCAGCGAUAGCGAGAGCAGUUCUGCUUCUUCACCCCUACAUCACGAGCCCCCGCCACCCUUACUAAAAACCAACAACAACCAGAUUCUUGAAGUGAAAAGUCCAAUAAAGCAAAGCAAAGCAGAUAAGCAAAUAAAGAAUGGUGAAUGUGACAAGGCCUAUCUAGAUGAACUGGUAGAGCUUCACAGAAGGUUAAUGACGCUGAGGGAAAGACACAUUCUGCAGCAGAUUGUGAACCUUAUAGAAGAAACUGGACACUUUCAUAUCACAAACACAACAUUUGAUUUUGACCUUUGCUCACUGGACAAAACCACAGUCCGUAAACUACAGAGUUACCUGGAAACAUCUGGAACAUCCUGAGGAUACAACAACUGGAUGCAUCAAAAACUAUUGUUUUUUUUUUUUUUGGUUGUAAUUUUUUGUUUGUUUGUUUAUAAGAAAACACUCAGAAUGAUGCAACCAAAAGGGAAAAAAUAAAAAUCAAACAACCUUCA